UGAAAUGUUGAAGUAAAACAGUGAACCGUCCAAGAGUAACACAGCAUUUCCUCAGUGGAAUCCCAACCAAAGGAAAACAAGAGGACGCUGAGCUCUCCUAACAUGAUGCCUACACCUCAAGGCAUGAACCACAUGAUACCCAAGCACGUUCUGAGAGUGGGCCAAACAAUACGACUGGAUGAGCUGCAAGAGACCAGAGUGGAUGAGCCCAGCGGUAACCAUGGCGAUCCAGAUCUGGAUGUUUGCUUAGAAAAUCUCAACCAGCUCAUCCUUGAACUGGAUCCAACAUUUGAACCCCUCCGAAGCCCCUCAUGCAUCAGUCCUGCAGAUGAAGACGUGUCUGGCUGUGUCCUGGUCUCCAGAGGGUGUCCCCCCUGCCCCCCUCCCACCGUGGUCCAGUCUGUGUCCCCUAACAUUCCCAUCCCCACCCACAGCAGUCUCAGCUGCAGCCCCCAUGGCACACUGGUCUUCUCUGGCUCUCCUUCCUCCUCCCUUCCUCCGCUCCCAUGUGGAAGCGCACCUCGACGAAUUCCUGGACCAAAACAGGACGGAACCAUUUCCCAGGGUUCCCUGCGCUUGACUCACUCCAACAGAAACAGUGCUACCUCGCUCCUGUCCACGUCAACGUGCUCAGAUACCAGCUACAUCCUCGGCAGUAACCUGUCCUUGGCCAGUGAAGAUGCCGACUCUCCAGAGUCCGGUUCCAUCCUCGAAGAGUCUAGAACAAAUGCCAGGUACAGUCCAGACAAAACCUCAGCAGCAAAGCAGGAACAUUUCCAGGAGUUUCACAGUAAAGGCGUCCACAGCAGUCCUGCUUCACUGUCUGGGUCUUUGACCGACAUUCCCAUCCUUCUGGUCAAUGGUGCACCACAGCCAGACCUGCACCUCCUCCAGCCUGGACCAUCUCCUGGACCACAAACACACACCGGCUUCUCAAAGGCAUUUUCUUCUCACAGUCCAUUUCAUGCAAGUCAGCCCUCGAUGAAGUUUGUCAUGGACACGUCAAAGUUCUGGUUCCGUCCACAUAUCAGCAGAGCAGAAGCCGAGGUCCUGAUAAAAGACAAAGAACCAGGAACAUUUGUGAUUCGCGACAGCACCUCCUACAGAGGAAGUUUUGGUCUGGCCAUGAAGGUGGACCAGUCACCCACUGUGUUCUCUGCAAGUGCCUACCCAGGAGAAAGCAGUUCAGAUCUUGUUAGGCACUUUCUUAUUGAAUCAUCAGCCAAAGGUGUACGUAUUAAAGGCUCUUCUCAGGAACCAUACUUUGGUAGUCUAUCUGCCCUGGUUUACCAACAUACUAUCUGUGCUUAUGCUUUACCGUGCAAGUUAUUGCUCUCCUCCCAAGAGCUGGACAAAACAGAAGACAGGGCAAACACUAAGCCAGGGUCUGAUGACAAUAAUAAAACAGCUGCCAACUUCCUGUAUCUGAAUCUGGUUCCCACUGAGAUGCUGACGGGCCCCUGUGCAGUGCAGAGGGCGGUAUCCUCAACACUAGAGUCGACCACGGGCUCCUUCACGCCAACCAUAGUCAACAUGAAGGUGUCUUCAAAAGGUGUAACGCUGACUGAUAUCAACAGGAAGCUCUUCUUUAGACGCCAUUACCCUGCUCAGCUCCUCAGUUACAGUGGAGAAGAUCCAGAUGGUCGACGGUGGGUGAAAGGUUCAAGUUUUGAUGCCAGGAUGUUUGGCUUUGUGGCUAAAGGUAUUGAGGCUGGAGUGGAAAAUGUUUGCCACGUCUUUGCAGAGUACGAUCCCCUGCAGCCCUGCGCCAAAGUAAUAGAGUUUAUUCGAGCAGCCAUAGCCAAGCCAUAAGGGCACAGAGAUGGACACCUCACCUGGUAGGAUGAGAUGGUACUGGAAAACUGAAAAAAAACUGUUGUAAAUAUCAGGACGCUGGACUUGGAACAGACUUUAAGUCAAGAUCAAGUAAAAAUGCUUAAACAAAACUGAAAAUACAUGAAGCUUCUCAACCAAUUAAUUCAAAUACUGGAAAACAGCAUCUUAUGUGUUAUGUUAAAACAUGUUUGUCUUGAUUUUCAGAAGGAUUUAUCUGUAAACUGAGCAGAUAUAGGAGCUUUUUUUCUAGAAUAAAUGAAUGCUUUUUAUAGAAAAGUUGGUUGGUAAACAACUAAAAUACUGUCAUCCCUCACAUUUCACUCUAUAUCUGUAGAGUUUAUUAUGUAUUUAUUACAUUACACUGUACACAUUUCCCCUGUAUGUUAAUA